AUGCUUGCUCUCUCCCUCCGCCAUGUCGCUCGACACAAUCUGCCCUGUCAGCGCGCACUGUUCCAGGCUCGGUGGCUGAGCACCAAGGAAGCUCUACGCGUGAAGAAGUCCAUAGAGAAUGAUCUAGCUAGGCUUGAGGAUGAGAACGCUAAGGUCUUGAAUGCUGUCAAGGCAGGACAUGAUGCUAGUGUCUCACUCGGUGAAGCGGAAGGCGAGAGUAGUCACAUAGACGUCGCCGCGCUCAAACAACGCAAAUCCCUCCAACCACUCGCCGAUGCCUGGACCGAGUGGCACCGUCAUCGCGACCAACUUACGGACGCCCUCGCCCUCCUUGAGACACCCGAUCUCUCUGACCUCGCCCACGCCGAAGCCAUUGAAGCCUUCUCGUCACUCGCAUCUACCGCACCCAAGCUCCCGGCCCUCCUAAUCCCGCCUUCGCCUACGGCGCACAUGUCCGCGUUGGUCGAGCUCAAGAGUGCGGUAGGCGGAGCAGAGAGUAGUCUGUUCCUGCAAGAGCUAUUGGGCGUGUAUACUCGGUUCGCGCAUGCAAGAGGCUUCGAGCCCACAGUCGUUGGCGCACAUGAUCUGGAUGCGGGUGGAGUUAAGAACGCUAUCCUGGAGGUUGGCGGAGAAGGGGCGUAUGACGCGCUAAGAUGGGAGAGUGGCGUGCAUCGCGUACAACGGGUCCCGGCGACUGAGAGCGCCGGUCGCGUACAUACCAGUACUGUCGCUGUCGUGGUUCUUCCUUUGGCCGAAGAAUCCAGUGGCGACUCCGAAGAGGCGUUAUACAAGAUGGAAGACAUCCGUCUCGAAGUCAUGCGCGCUCGCGGUGCAGGCGGACAGCACGUCAACAAGACGGAGUCGGCUGUACGCCUGACGCACAUACCGACGGGUAUCACCGUGUCCAUGCAGGAUGAGCGCAGUCAACAUCAGAACCGACGCCGAGCAUUCCAAGUUCUAAGUGCACGCCUCAUGGACAUUCGCCUCGUCCAACAACAAGCCGCCCACCGCGCCCAACGACGCGGUCUAGUCAAAACGGCCGACCGGAGCGAAAAGAUCCGGACGUACAACGAGCCACAGGACCGUGUAACGGACCAUCGGCUCGGGAAGGUACACUUCUCUUGGGAAGACGUCGUCCGCGGAAACGGAUUGCAGGCUAUUGUUGAGGAUCUGGCCGUGCGUGCUGGCACGGAAGAGCUCGAGGCUACUCUUGAGAAGCUUGAGGCGGACGCCGCUGCGCCUGGUCCGAAAGUGUAG